UAAGUAUUUCAACAGUUUAUUCUAUAUGCAAAUAGAAAGCCUUUCAUUUUGAAGGUUAUUCAACGGCGUGGUUACUAUGAUAAAGAACCUCAGGAUUUCAACCAACCGUGGUAUCAGUACAGAGCAGGAUUCGGUUCUUUGAAAGAAGACUUUUGGCUUGGAAACGAUAAAAUAUUUGCCUUAACAAACCAUAGAGAGAUGGAGCUUAGAAUAGAUUUAGAAAAUUUCACAGGGAAGAAAGUCUUUGCUAAAUAUUCAUUUUUCUUGGUCUUGAGUGAGAGAAGAAAAUAUCAGAUGUUUCUAGGUCCAUACAGUGGAGAUGCAGGUGAUUCAUUGGUGUAUCACAAUGGUUCAAGAUUCUCAACAGAAGAUCAAGAUAACGAUGAAUAUAGUAAACAAUGUUCUACCCAUCAAGGUGGUGGUGGUGGAUGGUGGUUUAAAUCUUGUGUUCAUAGUACCUUAAAUGGAGUGUACCAUAAGACUAGUAAAGCUUCAAAAGCUUGGAAUGGUAUUUCUUGGAACACCUUUGGAGGAUCAUCUGUUUCUCUAAAAAAAACAGAGAUGAAAAUUAGACCAGUUAAUUUGGGUCCCCAAUAAAUAUUUUCUGUCAAAACAUUUGUAAACAUACUUAACGUAUUGAAAAUCAACUCUACAACUUUUACUUUAAUUGUAUUCCAAUGGAUAUAUUCAAAUGAAUGUUUGUAAUACGUUUAAACAUUUAAAAAAUUUUAAAAUUAAAAUGGGUGAUUGAUGAGUAAUUUUCUUUUCGUAUGAAUCCAUGAAAAUAUAAAAUAAAUUACUUAAUGUUGUUUACGUCUUCUUUUAAUUUUGGUAAGUGAUAAUGUUAGGUGUAUUGUACAAAUCAAUAAAAAUGUCUUGAAGGAA